CAGCACAAGCCCACCCACGUCAUCCACCUGGCCGCCAUGGUUGGGGGCCUCUUCAAAAAUAUCCGCUACAACCUGGAUUUCUGGAGGAGAAACGUCCAUAUCAACGACAACGUCCUGCACUCGGCGUACGAGACGGGGGUGCAGAAGGUGGUCUCCUGCCUCUCCACUUGCAUCUUCCCGGACAAGACAACGUACCCCAUCGAUGAGACCAUGAUUCACAACGGGCCGCCGCAUAGCUCCAACUUUGGCUACUCCUACGCCAAGAGGAUGAUCGACAUCCAGAAUAGGGGCUACUUCGAGCAGCACGGCUGCCGCUUCACCGCCGUCAUCCCCACCAACGUCUUCGGGCCGCACGACAACUUCAACAUCGAGGACGGCCACGUCUUGCCGGGGCUCAUCCAUAAGGUCUACCUGGCCAAACAGACUGGCUCUGCUCUGACCGUCUGGGGCACGGGCAAGCCCAGGAGACAGUUCAUCUACUCCCUGGACCUAGCCCGGCUCUUUCUUUGGGUGUUACGGGAAUAUGACGAGGUGGAGCCCAUCAUUUUGUCAGUGGGAGAAGAAGAUGAAGUCUCCAUCAGGGAAGCAGCAGAGGCAAUCAUGGAGGCCAUGGACUUCAGGGGAGAGCUUGUUUUUGACACCACCAAAGCGGACGGGCAGUUCAAGAAGACGGCCAGCAAUGCCAAGCUACGGCGCUACCUGCCCGGCUUCCAGUUCACACCUUUCCAGCAAGCCGUGAAGGAGACCUGCGCCUGGUUCAGCACCAACUAUGCCAACGCUAGGAAGUGACAGGCCAACACCGGGACCGGCGUCAUCCUCUUCAUCUCAGGGUUGUUCUUUGCUGGGGCAGAGGACGGGGCUGGGGGUUGACAGCGACAUUUCCAAAGUAAAAGGGGGCCAG